GAGGAGGAAGCGGGAAAGGCAAACCUAGAGUCUGGAUCACCUUGAAAGUCACUGCCCUGGCCAUGCCUGCUCCGCUGCUUCCGCUGCUGCUGCGAACACUGCUGGCCCGCCUGCUGCUGCCCGCUGUCCGCCUGGCCCGCCGGCACCUCCUGCCCUUGCUGCGCCGGCUGGCCCGUCGCCUGGGCUCCCAGGAUAUGCGAGAGGCUUUGCUGGGCUGUCUGUUGUUCAUCCUCAGCCAGAGACAUCAGCCAGAUGCCGGGGAGCCCUCCAAAGUAGCCCGCCUAGAGAGGAGGGAGAGGCUAGCCCCCCAGAAAUAAGGCCAUGAAUCCUGGGAGCAGCUGUAUCCAUCAAAAAGCUUUCUUUUGGAAUAAGACGUCCUGCCACCAUCACUGACUGCAGCCUGCCCAGUGGGCCAAAGACAUGGUGGGGGACUGAGCAUGAGAAGGGUUUGUCCAGGACACGCCUCCCUACUCCCAGCAGAAAUGACGGGUAGAAUGUUGUGCAUUUAGCAGAAAAUCAAUCCUUAUCCCUCCCUCCCUGCAUUCUUCUCAAGAGCUUGUCAACCACCUCUGGCCUCUGGGAGGAGAGGAAUUGACUGGGGACUUGAGGUCCAAUGAGGGACAAUGCCUGACCCAGGGACAAUUCCGUUAAUCCAGACUGUCUUUGACUCGGGAUUUACCUUAAAGUAAUAAGACUUUGGUUACCUUGGAAGUCAGUCUUGCUCCCAAAGCCCAGCACAC